UUUCUACAGCAUCUAGGGUUCGGGUAACUCUCUCCGUUUUAAAGUUUUCUGUCGGGUUCUCCUAGACACUGUCGCCUCUGACAGACUUCAACCCCUCAUUUUUCAUUUUUCCCGAGUUGUAGAAAAAAAACAAACUAAAUUCCUAGAAAAACACUAAGAAGUAAGAACCAUCUAAUGAAACCCUAGUUCAAGCUUUCAAGGUUCUUGAAUUCGUUCUUCAACUAUCUUUCAAGACGAAGAUACGAAAACGAGUACCAACCGGGUCAUCUGAAGCCCCAAAACCAAGAAUGACAACACCCACUGACAGACUAAGCCAAGCGCCUGUGGAAGGGCUCUCAGUUUUUUCUCAGGAUGCUCGUCCACUUGGCCGAGACCCCGUUAAAGCGUUGACAAGAGAAGAGAUUGAUAAGGCUCAUUCGUAUGUCUUGAAUAGUUGUGUUGAAGCUCAGCCAUACUUCGCUAAAUACCGCGAAGAACUGAAAGUUGGAAGUGGUGUUAAAUUAUCUGGAAGGCAACAAAAAGACUUUGCACAAUGGCUUAAACAAUAUCUGAUGACUUUGCGGCAUCAAGAAUCAGAAGAAGCCACAAAUGAAUUGUUCUCACUGGCUUGUGGACCUCACUCUAUGAGGUCAUACCCAUGCUGUGUUAUUAACGGGGUUUGUUUUUGGGUCAGACGGGAUAAGCGGCAUAAAGCUCCAAAUCCUGGAUUGCAUAUAGUUAGAGAACAUGAAGGUGAAGUGGUCGAGUUGUUUGGUUACGCAACCAAUGUAAUUGAGUUGGUCUAUAAACUUGGGCAUCGAGUUGUAUUAUUUAGCACUGAAUGGUUCAACACAAGUCCUAAUGAGAAUUUUAUUCAAAAGGAAGGUAAUUUAAUAAACAUAUGUGUGAACUUUAAGUGGUACCAUGAUGAUGCUUUUGUUCUUGCAAAUGAAGCAACACAAGUGUUCUACCUCGACGACCAAAAGUGGAGACCAAAUUGGAGAUUGGUUCAGGGACUGCAAGAUACAGUUUUGCUGAACAUCAAGCCCACUGAUGAUAUCAAGAAUGAAUCUAACAAAAACUCUGCAGCAGUAGCACAAAUUCCAGAUAACAUCUCUGAUAGUGAACACGAGCAGAGAAUAAGCACCGAACCACAGCGUAGUACAUCUAUGUCAUCGACGACAUCAUCACGUAAAGAAACAAGGAAGGAGCAGGUGAAUGAAUUGGUUAAGACUCUAGAAGCAGAGCUAGAGAAUGAACGUGCAUUGACGGUAAGUCAGAAGGCUGAACUCGAUAGUCGAUGUGCAUUAACCCAGGUUCAGAAGGCUGAACUCGAGAGCCAACGUGCAUUAACCCUGAGCCAAAAGGUUGAACUCGAGAGCCAACAAGCACUGACCCUGAGUCAGAAGGCUGAACUCGAGAGUCAGAGAGCAUUGAGCAAGAGUCAACAAACGGAACUCGAGAGUCAACGUUUAUUAACUCGGUGUCAACAGGCUGAACUUGAGAGCACACGGAGAGUUGUUCAGGGCCAAAAUCAGCUCCUUCAGGAUCAGCAGCAACUUCUUAAAGAUCAACAAGAACGCCUGAAACAUUUUGAAGACUUGGUAAUGAAUCUACACAAAAGUAGUGAUCAGUCAGGACCUGCCUUUGGUACGCCUGGGGCUGGGGUCGAUCUUACAGAAACUAUUGCCAGAAUGAGCACCUAUAAACGGAAGAGAGUUUAAAAUGAUGGAUUAUAUUUCAUCUGAGAAGUCCCUACUAGUGAUGGUAUAUGCCAUUGAUAAUCGUUGUAGUCUUUAAGUAGAAACACUUUUUUUUCUUUUUUAGUUUUAGCCGGACAUGUUAAUUUCAAUUUGUACAAUUAUUGUUUCUUGUGCUACUUCAUCAUCCCCAUUUGUUCUUUUCACUGACGGCUUCCGAAUGGUGGUGACAUACUCAUGGACUCAUGGAAGCCGAUUCUAGAUGUUUUUUGCAUUAGACUGUAGCCAAGUGGUGGGAGUAGCAUUAGACUCAUGGAAGCCGAUUCUAGAGUUCUCUUUUUUUUU